UCUAUUGAUUCCGUCGAUCAGCUUCUUGCUUUUUUUUCCCUCUCUGGGCUAGAAGCUAUGAAGAACAGUUUGCUGCUGGUGUUGAUUCUUGUAUUGUCGCCUGUUGGAGCUCAAUACGACUAUAGCAAUACGUGGGAUGAGGGACCUCAUUCAAGGAACAGUUUUCAAAAGUAUGCACUUGUAUGCAUAGUUGGAGCACUUCUAUCUCUACUGUUUGCUGUUAUUCUUUGGUUUGCAAUGCGGCGAUCCACUAAUAAUUAUACGGCUAAUCAACUUCCGCCAGCUCUAGCUGUGGCACAGCAACAUAACACUGAUCGGGAUGACAACAAUAGUACAAGAAUUAGUGUUAGUAGCUUCCUUCUCGUGCCCAUGUCUGAAAAUCAUCAGGGACCUGAUUGCAGCAUCUGCUUGGAAGAAUUUGAGGCAGGAGAACUAGUCCGAGUUCUCCCCUCGUGCAACCAUCGUUACCAUGACACCUGCAUCAGGCGUUGGAUGACAAAUGGGAGAAGUCGCUGUCCCGACUGCCGCCAGGACUACAAAGCUACCAUAAGUUCAUAAAAGUGUCAACACUUGUGUUUAUUUUAAUUAAGUAAUAUUCAAGUGCUUACUUUGAAUAUUAUUCUAAAGAGAAAUUAAGGAAGAGGGACACAGAUAGUGUCAAUAUUGUUUCCAUCAUGGUGCAUCUCUUUUUCUCCUCUUCUGCUAGUAAAAAAUUUUAAACAAUGAAUGUAAUUGAUCAUGAUGAGAUAUUGUUCACAUGCAUGUACUAUCAUGGUGUGUUCCA